AUGAACUCCCAUCAGGGGACUGCCCUAAUUCUAACACUCCUCCUCCUAGCCUCAACAUGCCUUGCCCUCCCCAGAAAGCCAUCCGGCCCGAGCCUGGCCGCCCAGUUCCUGGCCCCCCAUAACGCAGCUCGCGCGGCCAUCAGGAUGCCGCCGCUCACGUGGGACUCGCGCCUCGCGACCUACGCAGGUUGGUGGGCUGCGCAGAGGCGGCAGGACUGCGAUUUGAGGCACUCAAACGGGCCCUAUGGGGAGAACAUAUUCUGGGGCAGUGGCACGGGGUGGAACCCGGGGCAGGCGGUGGCAGCAUGGGCCUCGGAGCGACGGUGGUACGACUACCGGAGCAAUGCAUGCGCGGAGGGCCAGAUGUGCGGGCACUACACCCAGAUAGUGUGGAGGAGCACGAGGAGGGUCGGGUGCGCCGUGGUGGUGUGCUUCAAAGAUGGCGGCACGUUCAUGGUUUGUGAGUAUGAUCCGCCCGGGAAUUACAUCGGAGAGAGGCCUUAUUGAACAAUUUUAUGAUGAGGAGAUUUUAAAUGUGCCCAAAGUGAAUUGAGGGACAAAUUGUUUUUAUUUGUUAAGCAGUUUUUUGACUAUUGGUGAUGGGUGUUCGAUUCAUUCUCUGUAAUUAAGGUGCGUUGCUACUCUUUUGAGAAAUGCGUACAGGCACAUCUAUGUGUGAUUAAUAAAA